AUGUCAGAAACAUACGAACAAUACAAGGUCGAUCUCGAUGGUAUCCUCGGAGACUCGGAGGAGCCAUUUCCCAAUCUCAAAAAGUUAGGUUACGUUCGAGUGAGGCUGCGGGCUGCAACCGUCAACUGGAGGGAUUUACUCGUCGUCGAGAAUUCCCCCUUGUACAUUCCUACUCAUCAAGGAUUGGUUCCUCUGGGUGACGGUGCUGGCGAAAUCGUUGAGAUCUCGUCAAAGGGCAGCUUGUGGUCAGUGGGUGACAGAGUAAUCACCGUCCCCAACUGUGGCUGGAAGCAAGGCUAUGAUGUUGCCGACUUUGAUCCAGUCUCUGGUUAUGGCUCAUCAAAUGUAGAUGGAACGCUCUCGAAAUUCAUGAUUGUUCGUGACGAUGGCGUCGUAAAAGCGCCAUCAAACCUCUCAUGGGAAGAGGCUGCUUGCCUUCCAGUUGCUGGAGGGUCGGCGUGGAAUGCCUUGUUUCACGGCCCAACGCCUGUGAAGCCUGGUGACUUCGUGCUCACCGAAGGCACUGGUGGCUUGAGUACAUUCGCCAUCCAAAUAGCUUCAGCAGCUGGCGCGUCGGUCAUUUCCACGUCUUCUUCGGACGAUAAGCUGGAAAUAGCCAAAAAGCUCGGGGCUACAUACACUAUCAACUAUACGAAGCAUCCGAAGUGGUCGGAAAAGGUUUUGGAACUUACUGGCAACAGAGGUGUAGAUCAUGUUGUAGAUGUUAUUGGCCUUCCAACCGCGGCCGAAGCUGUACGGUCUCUCCGAACUGGUGGACAAGUUACAUUCAUCGGAUUUCUUGGCGGACAGGCUCCCCCACCUGAUCUUGUCAAUACUCUGCUUGCAGGUGGCAAAACUGCCCGAGGAAUGCUCGCCGCAAGCAAGCCAAUGAUUGAGGAGCUAGUUCGCGCCGUGGAAAUGAACAACAUUCACCCACAAAUUGGCCAAGUCUUUGAUUGGAAUGAAGCUAGGAAGGCUUAUGCCGCACUUGCAUCAGGCUCAGUGGUUGGUAAAGUCGUUAUACGCAUUUGA